UUCCGGUAAUUUAUGAAAUGUCAACAAUGCAAGAAGUAUUGGUCACAAGUGAUGCAGCGGGACAGCAGUGGAAUUCCAGUAUAUGGGACCCAGUGGCAGGAACCAGUUUGUUGACAUUUAAAGGCAGUACAUCAGCACCACAUACACUAUCUAUACUUAGCAAUGAAUAUCUUCUUGGGGCUUUACCAACAAAGUCUGUCAUUCAAGUCUGGUCUCUUCAGAAAACAGAUAACACACAAAUGCAGAUUGUUUGUCCUGGCAGAGUAACCUCCCUUACAACAACACCAGAUGGACAUUAUUGUAUAGCUGCAGUGUCAGAAAACAUUCACAUUUGGCAGGUGUGUACAGGACAUUUAUUGACAGUGCUGAGUCGUCAUUAUCAACAAAUUAAAUGUAUUAAAUGUACAGAUGAUGGAACUUGUUUUGUUACUGCUGGGGAUGACAAUUUAGUCAUAGCUUGGACAUUGGCAAAAGUUUUAGCUGACUGUGGUAACCCUAGUCAUCAAGUUGAACCAGACCAUGUGUGGUCCCAUCAUUCACUUCCUGUCACAGACCUAUUUAUAGGUUCAGGUGGAAACCGAGCUAGAGUUGUAUCAUCUUCCCUGGAUCAAACUUGCAAGAUGUAUGACCUUGUCAGUGGUGAUCUACUUUGUAACCUUGUAUUUGAUGUCAGUAUCACAUCUGUUACCAUGGACACAGCAGAAUAUCGUUUGUUUGCUGGUGGAAGCAAUGGAGUCAUUCACUGUAUUGAGAUGUUUGAAAUGCCAGUACAAAAAGAUAGACACAUAGAAAAAGAAUCGGAAGACAUAGCAUGUUUUGAAGGUCACAAAAAACAAGUGACAUGUUUGUGUGUGUCUAUCAAUGGUAGUCAAUUGAUAUCUGGCGCUGAUGAUUGUAAUGUAAAAAUCUGGGAUGUUUUCAGUGGACAGUGUACAAAAACCUUGGAUCAUAAAGGAAUUUUAACAAAUGUGUUCUUGAUACCAAUGCCUCCAGCGCUACUAGAUUUUAACCUGCCCAGAAAUUGCAUCAUCAAACCAUUCCAGCGCCAUCUAUACAUACCUGGAGAACAAACUGAUGAAUCUGAUGGCACUGUUACUAUGAUGUUUAAUAAUUCAGAAAAGAUUGAAUCUGUGGUUGAUUAUAUGUCAGAUGUUUCAUCAUAUUUGUCACAAAACACAGAACUAUCUGAUCCAGCAGAAGAACUUGCCAAGUGUAAAGAAGAAAUAGCCAGGCUGAAGUCAGUCAAUCAUAAACUGUUUCAAUUUGCUGCAAAGGAAAUUCUUCAUCAGGAUGACCAAAUUACAUAAAAUUGUAUUCCA